AUGGAAGUGUGCAGACAACUCCGAGGCACCUGCAACAUAGGUCAAGCCUCUUACAAAAACCGGAAGCUGCCGGGAGUCUCGCGAGCCUUGAACGGCUGCGAGGUCGGCGCUAAAAACCGGGCGGCCGGAGUCCGACCGAGCAAGUGGGACGAGCUUGUGACCUGUGAGGAGGUGCACGCACCUCGCUGCAUCACCCACCGCAAGGACUGGCUGUCACUGCACCCAGGUAACCUGGAUGGGGAGGACCAGGCUACAGAGCGAACGGUGGAAGAUUUUCUGUUGGGCGUCUUCCCCGGCUGCCUCCCCGACCGGCUUAUUCUAAAGCACCAGGCCAACCAGGUGGAAAUCUGUGCCCUGGUCCUGAGGCAGCUGCCUGCGCACAGGUUCUACUUCCUUGUGGGCUACGGUGAGUCUCUGCUGUCCCACUUUUAA